CGUGGUAUCUCUAGAUUUAUAAGUACUUGAAACGACAAAUAAAGAAUUGUCAAAAUCAAAUUUACUAGAAAUUAGCGUAUGUACUGCUAAAUUAUUUUAUACACUGUAAUAAUUACUUAUAAUGUAAGAAAAAUUGUUUAUUGAAGUAUCUAAAUAAAAUUUGGAAUCUAGAACAUUCGUAAAAAAUAAUUAACUUUACUGCAAUUUAAUCUAUAGUAGUCACAACAAUGGAUUCCGGUGAAUCGCAAGUAUCUGAGUAUCAGAACAGAAGAUGGAUGAAUAUAAGGAAACUCUUGGAAAGAUCUGGCCCAUUCUGCCAUCCUGAUUUUGAACCUUCGGCAGAGAUUCUUGACUUUAUUAUGAAUUCUUGCAAAGUCCUAGUAGUGGGAGCUGGAGGACUUGGCUGUGAACUAUUGAAAGAUCUCGCCCUAAUGGGGUUUAAAAAAAUACAUAUUGUAGACAUGGACACUAUUGAACUUUCCAACUUGAACAGACAAUUUUUGUUUAGAAAAAAUGAUAUUGGGUUGUCCAAAGCAAAGUGUGCUGUUGAGUUCGUUAAUAAGAGAAUUCCGGGCUGUGAAGCUGUUGCUCAUCACUGCACUAUUCAAAGCUUGGAUGAGGGUUUCUACAGACAAUUUCACAUUAUUGUAUGUGGUUUGGAUUCAAUUGUAGCAAGAAGAUGGUUAAAUGGGAUGCUUGUAUCGCUUCUGGAAUACAAUGAUGAUAGAAGUUUGGAUCAAAGCAGCGUAAUACCGAUGGUUGAUGGAGGCACCGAGGGAUUCAAGGGUAAUGCUAGAGUGAUAUUGCCAGGAAUGAGUGCUUGUAUUGAGUGCACUCUUGAUCUGUACCCUCCACAGAAGACUUACCCGCUUUGCACUAUUGCCAACACACCAAGAUUACCGGAACAUUGUAUUGAAUAUGUUAAAGUAAUACAAUGGGCGAAAGAGAAUCCUUGGGGUAGUGGCACAGCGUUGGACGGAGACGAUCCUCAACAUGUGGCAUGGGUAUACGAGAAGGCCCAAGAGAGGGCCAUGAAACAUGGUAUCGCUAAUGUCACAUAUAGACUAACUCAAGGUGUACUGAAGAAUAUUAUACCAGCUGUUGCUAGCACUAACGCCGCUAUAGCAGCUGCGUGUGCCACAGAGGUAUUCAAAUUAGCUUCAUCCUGCUGUGUGAAUAUGAACAACUAUAUGAUUCUCAACAUGGCUGAUGGUGUAUACACCUACACGUUUAGUGCUGAAAAGAGACAAGACUGCAUAGCAUGCAGCAAUACCCCUCAUGUCAUGGAAAUUGAAUCUAAUGCUACCCUCCAGGUUAUUUAUGAUAAGCUUUGUGAAGAUCAAGGAUAUAUGAUGAAGAGUCCAGGUAUAACAACUGUAAUAAAUGGCCGUAACAAAACCCUGUACAUGUCGUCAAUUAAGAGUAUUGAAGAGAGGACCAGAGAUAAUUUGAAGAAGAAGGUCACAGAAAUGGGUUUAUAUAAUGGAGCCGAUAUACUUGUGGCCGAUGUUACAACACCAAGUACUAUAACAAUCAAGUUAAAAUUAAUUGAAAAUGAAGAUGUUGAAAUGUCUCGAUGAAACCGGAGAUAUAAAAU